AUGGAAGACCAGUGUGUACAGGACAAGAUUUUUCAGUUGAUGAGCCUGGGGGCUACCAGCUUGCCAGAGAGCUUUCCUCUGUUUCCAUACAUUCAAAAGACGCUUUUGAUGAUGACGCGGCCUUGCGUGAAAUCUUGUGCUUCAGUGACCGGGUGCAACCCUCUGGAAGCUGGAGAAGCUGGAUCUCUCAUUGCCCUGUGCGUUGAGAUCCUUCUAAGCCGCGACUCAUCUCUAUCGUUGCUCCAGAUUGCAAGUGAUGUCCUUUUACUGACCUUUCAAGCCUCACCCAAAGAGGACAUGUCACGAGGGAUUAUAUCUCUUACUGGAGCAAUUCUCAACAGGAGGCUCAAGAUUUCUACCACGCGACUUGUUCUCUCUCUAUUCCACACCAUAAUUCGGAACGGUAUGCACAAAAAUCUAUUUACCAAUACAAGCACACAGGGCCUCGCAGACGAAUUUUCAUUUGAGAUGAUUAACCUUUGUAUAUUAGCUAAAUUGGCCAUGACCGACGGACACCUCGAUACAGGGAUAGUAAUCUACAAUGAGGAUCUUGAAGCCAGCGGAGUACAUAUGCACACACUUGUCUUCUUUGCUAGCUUUUUAAUGAUCUACCUGAUACCUGGCUCUGAGCUUUCGCGUACGCCGUUCUAUGUAUCCCUGACCAAAGGCUUUCCAGCAUGGAUUCCGAAGCACUUCUUGGAUGGUUUUGAGUGUGUGUCUGUGUUAGAAUUGCUUAGAGCAACCUUGUGCUUCUUUAAACAGCGCCUGUCUGAAUUCAAAACAUUCUUGACUGAGCAACCAAGGUUUGUCGGAGAGUUUGUCACUCUAGCCACUUCACUUACUUGCUCCUCUCGUGAAGCAUAUCAAGUAUUGCGUCAAAUAGUAGUAGAUAUCAUUAUAGUGCUCAUUGAGAUCGUCGAAGAAGCAGAAGACUUAACUUCUCUUAUCUGUGUUACUCUAUUUCAUUGUCUCAAUUCUCUAAUUGUUUUACCACUGUUUUCUAAGAGUGUUAUUUUUGCCAAUCUAGACUGUCCCAUCAUCCCAAAGGCUAUUGGCCACCUGGUACUCAGUGACGCUUAUAGCUGUUUAGACGAAGACAUAGCAAUGGAGCUCAGAAGACAGAAAGAAAGCCUGGUGAAGGAGAUGAGUUCCGGAUCAUCAAGAGCCGAAAGAGGGAGCAAGAUAGCAGUAGAGCGCGCAUACUUUUGUCUUUGGUCCCUUCUGCGUGUUAUUACCGGAGAAAAAUACCGGCUAUACCCUGUGUACUUGAUAAAGCUGACGUACUUACCGUCCACAUCCUUGCUUCUCUACUAUCUCCUGAACGUACUAACAAAUCUUGCCAGUGCUAAUAGUCAAGAUAUAUCUGGUCUUGCCCUUAAUUGUAUGAUUAAUCUGUAUAUGCACUGUCUUGGCGUGCUCGUGCAGGCCUCCAGCAUGACUUGUGCUUCAGCAACUAUAUUCCGGCCACAGCCACCGAGCUCUAUACUGUCUAUUCAAUCUAACAUAGUCGAGCGGUUGGAUUUUCUUGGAAAGGUGAGAGGAAUAGGGUCCUCCAUUCUAUCUUGUGGCAAGACCAUUAGAGAUGCCAAGCCCGAUGCCAUCCUAUCGGUACUCUCAGAAUGCCUAGCUGAUAGCUCUACUUCUCCUACUUCCAGGGCCCCAGCUGAACUGAUUGCCAUCCUCCCUCUUCUUGCUGGAGUUGUGCAUCCAUCAGUACCCUUUUUGUUACUCUUCUCCAAGAAAGGAUCAGCAGUCCUAGACUCUACAAUUUCUCAAGAUGACUAUUUCUAUCACGUUCUUAGUGGCGAAACGAUCCACCCGGAUAUGGACGAGCUUGAUCUAUUCCGCCUCUGCUUUAGGAAUUUCCUUUUGAGCGGCGAAGGACAGGAGAUCGAGCGUGCUAUGAUCUCCAUUUCCAAUGAUGUUGCGCGUGUCAUUGGUGAGCUUCCCAGUGACCACAAGAUCCGACUCAUUGGGCACGCACCAUCUUUGCGCAUCUUAUUGGGGUCUAUAGUGGUGUUGACGACAGAGUGCUUGUCUGAAAAGAUAGCUCUCAGUUCUAAAAUGACCAUGUCAAGAUUUGUAUCCAUUUUGAUGGGAUCUUCACAGAUCAAGGAGUAUCUAUCUGGAAACUAUCAAUUGUCGGAACAAACUAAAGGACAGCCUAUCCCCUUACACGAGGAUCUCGUUUCUAAGUUCUCUUCCAUGUAUCAACGAAUUAGAAACGCUCCUCUGGCAGUUGACAGAACUAUUUAUGAUGUACUAUCCUUACCAACAGGAAUAGCCUUGCCAUCGUCAACAUGUAUUAAGCUAGCUGAAAAAGCAAGCACUAGGACGAAAGAUGCACUUGGUCCAAAUGAGAGCGGGCAGCCAAGAUUUGUUAAUGUAUUCAAAGAUUGGUGCACAUCAUCUUCUAUGCUUCCUGGGACCAUGGACCAAUUGAUUAGCAUGACUGUUCAUCAAACCUGCUUGCAUAUGCGGACUAUGGAACAGCUGAAAAGCAUUCUUGGCCAGCAAAGAAGUAGAUUACUGGAUGGCGUCGAGACCGAUAGUAUUUCAUUGAUGGAAUAUUACUUUCAUAUCUAUCUCUUGGUGCAGGCCGCACUAACGCACUUUGUCUCCGGCGCAUUGGCUGGUACAAUAGGCUCUGGGGGCCUGGCUCUUUCAGUCGAUUACUCAUCAGGCCUUUACGCUGCAUGUCAUGCUGUCCAUACCUACUCUCUCAAGAUGCUAGCUCCGCUCUCCAAGUCAUCUACAUCCAGCAGCGCAGUGAUGUCAAGCCUGAUAGAACGCGAACUAAUCUCCUCUUCGUAUCUCUCUCGGUACUUUGCUGAUCAGUGUGAGUACUUGCGUCUUUCUGAGUACAUGUCUGCGUCAUCUCCAAACGCGUGGAUUAAGCUUAGCUCUAAGCUGCACAGCGGAGGUGCAAAUCACACCUAUGCGGCUCUCUACGGGAUCAGCAUAUGCUCCUUCAUCCAGUACAGUAAUCACGCAACAGAAAAGUGGCGAGCUAAGAACUUAAACGACGUAGUUAUGCACAUGGUACGCAUUUUAAUAAGCUUGCACGCUCUCAAUGUGAUCUCUACAUCCUUACCGGACCUGGCUGUUGAAUUAGAUAUCUAUCCCAGCAUUAAAGAUGUUAUUCUCUCCACUGGACCCUUAGCGAGCCUGCAGUCUAUUUGCAGUGUCUUCGCCUACUCUGGCGAUGCCAUUGCCAGCAAGGUUUUAAUGUGCCCCUUUGAACUAUGCAAGGAGGUUGUGGCCGCUUUUGAGACUAAAGCUGACUACUCGGUGAUCAUUCACGACGGAAUGAUUAAGCUAGUGACCAGAACAGCGGAUCUUAAGGGCCUAGACACAGAGGACUCGUCUCUUCUCAAGCACACAGCACAGAUAAGCGCCACCUAUAUGGCCUUAAUGCUCCUGGGAUCCCUUAAGUUCUAUGCCAAUAUUAUCUCCCAUCUAGCGCCUCAUGUUUUGGUCGUUUGCCUUCCAGAGGUAAUAGGUCUAGUUGAUUUGGCGUUGAAGACGGCCCAAACACACAGCACUACUAUCUCCACUUCUCUACAACCAGUACACUCAAAGCUGAAGCCAGGCCAGGGGAACUUCAAACUUGAGACGAGUGUGGUGAUUCUUUCACUUUGUAUCUAUCUUCUUCUACUCAAAAAAUUGGCAGGAGGCAUUAGGACUAGCUCAAGUUGUGUCUCUGAUUUAUCUCUCGUCUACAAGCGGUUGGAAGAGGCGGCAUAUCUAGAGGAUACUUCCAUCAAAUAUGUAUCCAAGUCUAUGAUUGCGUUGAUGGGAGCAAUAUAUGCAGAGUUGAAUAGUUUAGACAAUAGUGUAACAACUCUGCGGAACAUAACCCUGUCAUACCCUCAACUUUGUUUGACUAUUCUCCGCCGUUAUACUCCUACCGAUAUAUUCUUGUCCCUUUUGCUAGAUUGCAUAUAUGAGCUUUUGUGCUUAAAUAGCUGUCAAGAUAACAUAUUGUGCAGUAUCUUUUUGCCACAGCUGCGCUCGUUCUGCUCUACAAACCUUUUAACCCUGGCAUCUCAGCUCCAUCAGCUGUUCCGUGGUGAACCAAUAAGCUCUGAUAUCUUAAAAUCUCGACGUUCUGUCACAAUCAUGCUACCUAUAGGGAGUAAGGUGGUAACUUUGCCGCCGCUGGCUUCAUUCUUUUUCGGGGAUGUGGCGUCCCCUAAAAGCUCUGAAAAGUCCGAUGAUGAUGCAGUCAAAUCUGUUCUAUCAAGGAUAGCGACUGUCCUAUUACCGAAGAAGGCGCGUGACUCCUCUCCAGCUGUCACACAAGUUUCCAUAAAUAAAGAGACCAUCGAACGGUUGGCAAAAUUCUUGGCGACAAUUUCAUCUGCUGAAAUUUCUCAAAGUAUAGUGCUCAGAUUUCUCUCUGAACUGGGGACGGAGAGCUUCGAGACCCUAAAGACUUCUACUGCCGUGUCUUGCGAUAUCCUAUGCCUCUAUUUUUCAAUCUCUGUAUAUAACUUUUUGAGGACCACCCACGUCACAUUUGACAGCUUUUAUCUUUCCCUACCCUUAUAUUGGCUGGAAGACUCGGAUACUGCUGCCUCAAAUACUGUGACACAGUUUGCCAUCCCGCUGCUCUUGCCCAUCUUUUUGGCCACACGAGCACUUGAAGAUACAUUUAAUCCACCCUUAUGGAUGCAUAUCGCUAAUACGCUCGCAUUCUUCGCACGUGAGCUGGCAUGUUCUGACGAUUCGCGGGCCUUCUUCUUCCAACAGGUUCUUCUUCCCAUUAUUCUUCUGGCCCGAAAUACUGUUCCGUUGACCCAAUUCGAGCAGAACCUAUCACGGACCCCAGAGUUUAUUAACAAAAUUGUCAGCAUUUCAAAGGAAGUUGUGAAAGAUAUCGCCAGCACUGAGCUGAGGGUUGCUCUAGCCCGUCAGUUGUCCGUAUUGGGGCUUUGA